CCCGCCCGCCGCCACCGUCGCCCGCCGCCGCCUCCCGCCUCCGCCGCCGCCGCCGCGCUCGGCCAUGGCCGACUGGGCCCCCGCGCAGGAGCUCGAGUGGGACAUGGAGCCGCAGGAGCUGCCGCUGGCGCCGCCGCCGCCGCCCGCCGAGCAGGGCGCCGCCGGGGAGGCCGAGCCGCCCGCCGCCGAGCUCUCCGUGACGCUGGUGGCCGAGCUGCAGGCCGUGGACCGCAAGGUGGACUCGCAGGCGGCGCAGCUGAUGAACCUGGAGGGGCGGAUGCGCAUGGCCGAGACCAAGCUCAUCGGCUGCGAGAAGACGGCCGUGGAGUUCGGCAACCAGCUGGAGAGCAAGUGGACCGCGCUGGGCACCCUCAUCCAGGAGUACGGGCAGCUGCAGAAGCGCCUGGAGAACAUGGAGAACCUGCUCAAGAACAGGAACUUCUGGAUCCUGCGGCUGCCGCCCGGGGCAAAGGGGGAAGUGCCCAAGGUCCCGGUGGCAUUCAACGACGCUUCGUUUAAUUUCUCUGAGCAGGAGUGGAAAAGCUUGAACGAAUGGCAAAAGGAGCUUUACAGGCAUAUCAUGAAAGGCAACUACGAGGCUGUGAUCUCGAUGGAUGCUGCCAUUUCUAAGCCGGACCUUCUGGCACGGAUUGAACAGGGAGAGGAUCCCAACGCUGAGGAUCAGGGUGACUCUGAGGGAGAAACCCCUACGGAUCCCAGCACCGAAUUUUCCUUUCCUGGCCCAGAUGAGAGCUCGUGGAGUAAAUACGAAGAGACUCUGGCUGAGAGUCACGAGGGCUCUGAAGAGGAGGAUAACGCAGAGGUUGCUAGUACAUAUGCACAGCAGUGUGAGGAGGAAGGUCCAGAGAGCCUUGAGCUUCCCAGCUCGUUAUCAGGAAAAUGGGAAGAUGUUUUCGCAAGCCCUGAGGAAGAGGUAAAGCCAGCCAAGAGUCGCAGUGGAUCCACCCCACAGCAGAGAACGGCGACGGGCAAUGGGCUGAGGCGAUCCGCUCGCCGUGGGAGGGACUUGGCGAAGAAGGACGCUCCGGAGGAGGCGGCUGCGGUGGAAGGGCCGUACAUCUGCUGCGAGUGUGGGGAGAGCUUCCUGGACAAGCAGCUCUUUGCCACGCACCAGAAAGCCCACGCGGGCGAGGAAGCCUGCACUUCCCUGGAGCAAGGGGAAAGCUUCCGGCAGAAAUCCAAAGCGACUCCUCCGAGAGCCCACGGGCCGUCCCGCUCCAAACCGUCCAAGCGCCCCGAUUCGGAGAAGGGCUCCGGUCUCAAGUAUGGCUUUGUCAGGCACCAGGCUAACAACAUGGUGGAGAGACCGUACACCUGCUCCCAGUGCAAGGAGAGCUUCAGCCUGGAAGUGAGCCUUAUCCUGCACCAGAAGCUUCACACGGGGAAGGGCGAUGGGCCGCUGACCUGUACCUACUGCGGGAAGGACUUCCGGGACCUCUCCAAAGCCAUCCGCCAUCAGCGCAUCCACACGGGGGAGAGGCCUUACCAGUGCACGGAGUGCGGGAAGAGCUUCAUCCGGAGGGAUCACCUGCUCAAGCACUGGCGGGUCCAUACCGGGGAGACUCCCUACCAGUGUCCCGUCUGCGGGAAGCACUUCCGCUACAAAGAGUCGCUGAAUUGUCACCAGAAAAUCCACUCGCGCAACCCGCGGCCCAUGGAGGACUCGCAGCCCAACAUGGAGUCGGCAACUCAAACUGGCCAUUUCUGCGUGAAAAAAGAAACUAAGCAGUAGCGCUGCUGUGGGUGGCAAGGGCGGAAGGGCUCACGGUUACGAUACAGUCUAGCAGGUGGACGAGCAGCAUGAUGGGAAGUGAACUUGUAUCGCAGCUAAUCCAUGUGGUCGUGCUACAAAGCCCGCUUUGUUGAAGCAUCAAAGGAAUUCCUCUUAAAAACUCUCACGAGAAGGCCUAGGCACCUCUUCAGCCCUGCGGGGUUACGUGGGACUUCCGUAGCGGCGUAGGCCUUGUACUAGUUGUCCCCUACGCAGGUUUGGAUUUUGCCUGUAGAGAAUAAUCCCGAGAGAUUCUCUGGGGUCCGUAUUUCGCAGGUGUUUCCCCACCUAUCUAUGUGCAUAUUGAGGAGUGACAUGCUUUCGCUUUCGUUCUUUUCCACUCGUUUCACCGCAAGGCUGGAAGCAUGAGAGAGGGAGGGACGACACCAUUCCCAGGCAGCUGGCCGCUCGCCCCGGUUGCGCCGACGCGCCUCGAGCAGCAGCCCUGUGCCGCGAGGCCGGGGCUGGGAUCAAGGGGGGAGAGAGGAAGCAGAGAUGCGGUUAGGGACCUGACGCAGGAUUUGUGCAAGGCAGAAAAGCAAAGAGGAGAGAGUGGCAAAGAGCAAGGUGAGAAGAAGUAGGUGCAGAAGGAAUGGCCAGGAAGGACAAGGGGCUCAGGACAUUGGGACAGAGAUUGGAGCAGGAGGAAUCGGGAGGGGAAGUGUGUGGUGUAUAGAGGCGCAGCUGAGCACCUAACCCGAAGAGGAGAUGUCUCUGUUCUUGAAGGAUGUAACUGGCACCAGUCAGGCUUUAGUUUCCCUCUGGCCCAAGGGAAAGGUGCCGCUGGUCUGUCAGACGAACUCCUGUCAAUGAAGGUGAUUUUAUUUUAUUUUAUUUUUUUAACUGGGUUUGGUCUCACACUCAGGUAAGUCAGACAAGUGAAAGCAACUUCUCCUAACCCCUGUAAAGAGUUGUUUGGUUUUUUAGUUAAUCUAGAACUAGUAUAUUAUUAUUAUUAUUAUUAUUAUUAUUAUUAUUAUUAUUAUACAAGGAAAUGUGUGGCACUAUAUUUCACAGUUGAUCUAAAACACUUAAAUGUAUGAGGUAACUGACCCGAGUUUUUUCAGACGUCUAUGUAAAUAUUGGCUGGAUUCUCUAAGAGCUAAGUGGUGUUGUUCCUGAGGUGACUGUCAGUUGGUGUCUCUUCCGCUGUGUAUCGUCAGCUGCUGGUUUGUGAUCGUGUUUUGUAUUAACUUUUGUAAAGUCCGUCAAUACAGUGUUUCCACUCUGAA